AUGAAAGAACGAAGUGCUAAUAAUAGUCGCAAGUACAUUUCUGUGCACCUUCGCUUUGAGGAGGAUAUGGUUGCUUUUUCUUGUUGUAUAUAUGAUGGUGGCAAGAAAGAUAAACGUGACAUGGAUGCUGCAAGGGAGAGAGAGGUUGGAAGGGGAAAUUUACGAAACCUGGUAGAGUUAUUCGUCCUGGAGCUAUCAGAAUCAAUGGAAAAAUGUCCUUUAACCCCUUUAGAGGUUGGCUUGAUGCUUAGAGGAAUGGGGUUUGAUAAAAGCACAUCCAUUUAUUUAGCAUCUGGACAGAUAUACGACUCCGAGAGAUAUAUGGCUCCACUAUUUGAAAUGUUUCCCCAGCUACAAACAAAAGAGAUGCUGGCAUCUGCUGAGGAACUAGCUCCAUUUCAGAAUUAUUCUUCCAGGAUGGCUGCCAUAGACUACAUUAUUUGUCUUCAUAGCGAAGUAUUUGUGACAACUCAAGGUGGAAACUUCCCUCUUUUUUUUUUGGGCCACAGAAGAUAUUUGUAUGGUGGACACUCGAAGAAAAUCAAGCCUGACAAACGGAAGUUAGCAUUAAUAUUUGACAAUCCCAAUAUUGGAAGAGAACACGAAGAAGAUUUGCCCACUUCUGGAGUUUCCCGGGCAUUAUUUUCACAUCAUUGCAUCUUGUCGCAGCUGCUGUAUCUAAGAAGCAGUGAAAUGGCAUAUUGCUUACUUCUACACCCUGUUGAUUCUGUGUUUGUAUUUUACAUUCUUUCAUUCAAACCGCACACGUAA